UCUUCCUGGAUCAAGGCUCAGGGUGAGAUCCAGAUGGAGACACGACAUCGUCAGAAGCUGGAGGAGUCUCCUAAAACAGGGCUGUUCUCAGACCGUCUCAGUGAGCUGGAGAGGAUCAGACAGACAACCAUGAGGGUUGCCGUGCCGACACAGUCCCAACAACAGCCGCUCAACGCUGGACACAACCCCUUCAACCCUCAAGGGCAGACACAGAUACCAGACCCUCGCCAGUCCCAGUCGUCUCCUCCCUGGUCCUAUGAGCAGCCCUACCCGUCCUACCUGAGUCCCAUGACCUCCCCAUCUGUCCACUCCACCACGCCCCUCUCCUCCAGCCGAGCCACGGGCCUGCCCAACAUCACUGACCCGCCCCGCCGCCUGCCAGGUAACACACACUAG